AUGUCUUCUAACACCUUGGUGUCUACCCUUUCAGCUGGUCUGGAAUCACCCACCCUCCCUUGUACAGUGCCCAGCGAUUACCGUCUCCCUAUACCUCUUGCGUAUAUUUUUCCAAGUACACGCGACAUUACCUCCAGCGAUAUUCGCCCUCCUAUGCCGGAGGAGACCAUCCUUUACCCGCGGAUUCGACAGACGACGCCCCACCAGGAUCGCAGUCGUUCUGAGCACCUGGCCAACAAACAUAAACGCGAUGACACCGAGGACGAGGAUGAUGGAUACGAGGCGGGCUGUGAGAGCGAGAAAGUAAGCAGGAAGCGGCGCAGGACUUCCUCCCGCAUUUCGCGCUCCACGUCACCUGCUGGCGAGGUGCAGGAGCGCAAGUACUUCGGGCUGGGGCUGGGUCUUCCCAGUAACGUCGCUCCGCGCCUGACCCGCAGAACUGCGUUCAUCGAGUCGGCACCAUCAACACCGUUUAUCGAUGCGGAUGAGUCCCACAUCCAGUCCAAUCCUCAUAACCAUCAUUCGGAGUCGGCUCUCCUCAUCCGGACCACAUCACUCGAAAGCAACGCAGAAGUGCCUGGUGCACCGCGUCUCUUGUCAAAGCCGUUCACGCCUGACUUGUGCAUCCCAUGCAGUCCUAAGUCCCUGGUGGGCCUAGCCAUCAGCAUCCAUAUUCCCAUUCGUGCCACGCCGCAGCCACAGUCGCCGGUGCAGGCGAACGACCCGCGAUACGACGACCUAAUUGUAUAUCUCGGCGUAUAA